AUGCCAAACGACCGCCCUUUGACGCCUCCAAGAGAGAAUGUUGCCCAACCUGGACAACUUCCCCGUGGGCCGCUGACGCCUGAACAGAAGCGGAAGAUUGAGGUCAAUCGCAUGAAGGCGAAAGCUCUCCGCGAGCAACGUGAAGUAGAGCUGGCUGCAAACGUGCGUCUUGGAUCAGCCGACUCGCAAAUUUCUCGAUUCAGCCAGGGAAAGAAGCGUUCUCAUGCUUCGAUGGCCGCCCAACCCGCUCCCGCAAAUGUACGAGAUGCGCGAACCAACACACCCGCCUCGGGUCGCUCACUCGAUGAUAUCAAGCCCGCGCGUAACUUCACGAAGUAUGUCGACUACGAUUUUAGCAAGAUGACUGACACAAAAGGUGGAUUCUUGACACAAGAGGAUGAUCCCUUCAACAAAGCACUACAUGUACCCGAUGACAAAGACGCUCAGCGACCGGCCAAUAUGACCCAAAAAGAGUGGGAGCGUCACCAAUUACUUCAAAAUCUGCGGCGAAAUCGUGAGGGGCCUUUUGAGCCGGGGCUGAGUGUGUUGGAUGAUAAAAGCAAGCAAAAAGUCUGUCGGGAAUGCGGCAGCCUCGAAAUCGACUGGAAGUGGGACGAACAACUUCGUUGUCAGAUCUGUCAUUCCUGCAAAGAGAAAUAUCCAGAAAAAUACAGUCUGCUUACAAAAACGGAAGCGCGCGAGGAUUAUCUCCUCACAGACCCUGAGCUCCGUGACGAAGAGCUUCUUCCCCAUCUGGAAAAGCCCAAUCCUCACAAGUCAACCUGGAAUAGCAUGAUGCUGUAUCUCCGAUAUCAAGUCGAGGAAUACGCAUUCUCCGCCAAGAAAUGGGGCUCUGCGGAGGCAUUGGAUGCGGAGUUUGAGCGUCGAGAAACAGAUAAAAAGCGACGGCGAGAAGCGAAAUUCAAGACCAAGCUGCAGGACCUGAAGAAGCGCACUCGGGUGGAAGCGUACCGGCGUAAUCGACAGGGCGCCGCUGGCGGAGACUUUGGUGAUGACCUCAGCACCAAUCGCAAGCACGUACAUCAAUGGGGUCGAACAGUUGAUAACCCAGAAACCGGCAUUGGAGUCAAGACCUGCGUGGACUGUGGUAUGGAAGUUGAGGAGUUGGAGUUUUGA